GAAAACCUAUAUUUGAAGACAUCAUCAUUCCAUGCACACUCAGCAGAUUAGGUAAAAUGAACCAGGAAUAAGGUCAGAUGAAAACAUAAACACAAUACCAUUCACACUCAGGAAUAAGGUCAGUUGUGACCUUGGGUGAGCCACUUUACCCUUGUACGUGUUUCUCUCUGCCUAGGAGUAACAAGGUUAUGUUGUGUUCAGACAGUAGUGCCUGGAAUGACAGCAUCAGGCUAGUAAACUCCCAGAGGAUCUGAAACCGUCUUGGGCAUGUUCCAAUAGUGUGAACUCAAUGAACAGGGAUAUUACUGUUUCAGCACCUUUGAACAAGAAAUGCUAAGUGACUGUGAUAUUCUGUGAUAUUAUUAUUAUUAUCGUUAUCCUCAUUUAUUCAAUGUGAAGUUUUACCCUUAAAAAAAAUUUAGACUGGUUUUCUUCAUACAUUAAUUUCAAUAGGGUAAUCCAUUCAUUUUAUUUCACAUUAUAUGUUUUUAACCAAGUGGUUUGACCUUUAAUAGAUAAUGUCCAUACUGCAUGUUUAAUCAACUGCAUCAGAUCAUUUGUGAGGUGCAUUAGUGCUUGUAAAGUCAAUCAAAAUGAAGGGUAAUAUAUCGUCAUUGACGUUAAUAUAUUUGGCUCUGUGCCAAGAAAAGGCUCAUUCUACACUUAGGUUUUGCCCUUAAACCACAAAAUAUGAUCACAAUUUUUCUUAGCGUGGUCUGAUACUUGUGAAAAAAAUCACAAGCCUGCUCAAAUGGGAUUCCAACCUACGACAUCUUGCUUACUUCUGCCGACGUCUUAACCACCGACUAUGCUAGGACUGGGUGGCUGGCUAGAAUCCAAUCCAACUGUGGGUUAUUGCAAGCAGUUACUGACAUUAAAUUCCUUUGGCUUUGUGUUAUGGAAGUGUUAAUUUUACACUGGGUUUUUCACACUAAAUGUAACAUAACAACUUUAUAUAAAUACACUACUCAAAAACAAACUACAGGAUCACACUCACUGAUUAAUAUUUUACAAUUUUGUAUUUACAUUAUAAAAUAUAUGAAUGUCAUUUAGUAUAGUAAUGUUCCGGCAUGAACAUGUUCUUCAGUGAACAAUAACUUAAAUCUAUGAGGUACACUGGCUGAUAUUCUCAAAUACAAGUGUCCGAUCCUUUAAUUCUUUUGAGCAGUGAAAUGUAACACUCGUAAAACUUUUCACCCAGAACUAAUAAAAUUGGCAAUGGGUAACCCUACUCAUCCAAGGCAGAGCUGUGUAAAUACCCAGAAUAGCUCAUUAUGAUUUUCAUUUUUCAUAUGUUACUGUUUAUCUGGAUGCGUCAGUCAAAAAAAGCAGGGUUCCAGAUACACAUAGCAAAUGAAGUGUGAAAAAAAAAACGGUUUGCCAAAGAACUAAUUUGGGGUAAUAAAAAAAAUUACAACACUCGUAAACUGCUCAUACAGAACUAAUUGCACUGCAGGCAGACGGCAGUAUUCUUCAAAGGCAUAAUGCAUGACUGCCAGACUUGUCGCAAGUAUCUUUAUUAUGAUGCAGCAUAACAAGCAGUUGAUUAAAUGUCACAGAUGAGGAUAGUGAAGAGGACGGGCCAACUCAGCCUUGGAGAAGAAAUGUCAGUCGGCUGUUUUCAAAGAGAGACUUGUGCCAUCUUUUCUUGAGCAGAAGGAUUCAUUUGCUUGAAUCAAGCCUGCUACAAUGGACACCCAAGCUGACAGCACUCCCUCCAACAAUCACAGGGGCUUUGAACAACUGAAUGCUCUGUAAGGGCCGACACGCUCAUGAAGACAUCAAAUAGAAUUGUGCCGAGGGAUUGAUUACCCCGACAGUCAAUACACAUAUCUGUGGACCUCUCACAUAAACUGAUUACAGUACUAUCCAUCUCCACCAUGGGAGCCGGUAUAACAUCAGGUGAGUGCAGUAAACAAGAGACUGUCAAUAUCAGUCAGGAAAAAGCUUCUGAGUGGCUUUAUUCCACAACCGACACCUUCCUCAUAGCAGUGAUCAUACCAACUCUCUGGUGCCUUGCUCUGAUCACUAAUAUGACUUUUCUCCUUGUCACCCUACGCGUUCGCACACUGAGAUCAGAAACCAACUAUUACCUGGCCCAUUUGGCACUUGCUGAUCUUCUCUAUGUGAGUUUGGCGUCCGCAAUCACAUGGUGGAGUUAUACAGCUUCCCCACUGGCUUCUCAUUUCCCUUUUGUGAAUUCCGCCCAAUGCAUCAUCUCUAGCACUUUCGUCAACACGGGCUACUUUGCCUCCAUUGUGCUGGUUACCAUGGUGUCCUUUGAGAGGUACCUCGCCCUGUGCCAUCCCAUGAAACAUCGUCAAAUCCGGGGGCAGAGACGAACCUACAGAAUAGUCGCAAUCUGCUGGAUGGCAGGAUGCCUGCUGUCUGUUUCAAUAACAAUGGAAAAUACAGUACAGACAAUGGAAUGUUUGCUUUGGCCCGAUGAUGAUUCAUAUCAAAGCUAUCCAUCAAUCAGAGUGUACUGUGGCCCCGUUGCCCCAUGGAUAACAAACUACACUCAUCCCCUACAGAAUGUUCCCUGGCUUGUUGCUACGGUGGCCAAUACUCACAUGUACCUGUGCAUCAUACUGACUCUCAACAAACGCACUAGUGACAAUGACCUUGCCAAUAAUGAUCCCAAUGCCAGUCAAAUCCGAAACCAAGUGGCCAAGAUACUGGUAGUGAACGGAACGGUAUUCUUUUUAUGCCAGACUCCAUAUCGCAUCUUCAGCAUGGCUGAGUGGAUCUGCUCACUGGCUGAGAUUCCAAAUCCGAUGUCAGCUGCAUUAGGAAGGAAUACCAGAUGGAUAUCCAGUAUUCCCCAGUAUAUCAAUGGAAUGAUAAAUCCCUUGAUCUACGGGGCCAUGAACAGAGCGUACCGUGCUGCAUUCCGACAGGCAUUUCGCUGCAACUGUCAAUCCAGAUCGCAGCAUACCGCCUCUCCAACAGUACGUUCAGAAAAAAGCCAGAAUAAAGCUCGUCAAAAGACCCACGAACAAACUGAAUCACUACAUCCAGAUUGUGAACUUGGGGAUCUCAGCACCCUCGGAAUAAAUGCAAUUGUCGGACCAACCAAUGAUGUUAGUUUAUGAUUGCUGUCCUCUAAGAAAACUUGUGGCUGAGCCGAGUGUUGUGAUCACGUUAAUCUUGUAAAAAAUGAACAAAAACACUGCUUACAAAGGCAGCAGAAUUCCACUAAAAAAUUCCACCAAAUCUUCUCAAUUUACAUCAGUGUCACUGAAGACAUGUGUUUCCAAUACCUCUGCGGCUUCACGUAAGACUUAGUUUUAAGGCACAAAAUGUACUCCCAACUUUACUUUACUGAUUUGUACCCUUUUUCCCAUGCUACUUCCAUUUCUCGGCUAAGAUGAACCAUGAAACUAUUCAAAACCAAGUCAUUAAGGGUUUACAUGUACUCUGUGGCUAUAUCACACCACAGACAAUGAGAGUGCAGAGCAUAACAACUAUUACAAGUUUAAUAAUGUACAUAUAUUACGUGUUUAUGCACAACUAAACUUAAGUAUUCAUAAAUUAAACAUUAAUGUAUAUUCAUAAAUACAAUUUUUCUCUUCCUGUUGAUCAAUACUCGUAAUGUGACUGUGUAUUAACAUUUGAUUAUGCCCACUGCACAAAAGAUGUAUUGGCACCUGGAUACGAGAGUUUAAUCCAUUCCUAUUGGUCAAGAGUUUGUGUGCGCUUGGCACGCAGACCUCAGCACGCAUGCUCCAAGUCCGUUUACGGAGAUACUUCUAGAAGACUUGCACAGGAAUAUACCAUAAAAAACAGGGGUGUUCAGCAGAAUAAAGGAAAAAUUCUUGAAUAAAAUCUUUGCAAAUUUAUCGUACAUGUAUACUGAUUUCCUUCGACUCUCUGACUACAAUGAUAUUUAUGAAUGGGAUUAAAUGUCUGCUUGGUUGGUCUGAAACAUUAAAUUAACAGAAUCAACGCUGUUAAUGUCCUCACCGGCUGCUCAGGCAGUUGUCGAGUCCAUUCUCCUGAGCCGGUCUUAAAUGCACGUUUAAGACUGGCCAAGUAGAUGUUUAUUCCCUUAUUAAUUUAGAUUUAUAGGUAUAUUUUAUGAAUGUUAAAUUGCUUUUUGCAUAUAUGUGUAAGUAUACAAAGCUUAGCUGUGCAGCUGCCAAAAAAAUGAAAAACAAUUUGAAGUGCUGCCUUGGAGGGAAGCUCAAAACCUCUUACAUCUUGGCUAUCCCAAAGACCAACCUUUUUAAAGGGCCAAUUUCAUAGAGCUACUUAAGCACAAAUUUGCUUAAGCGUGAAG